GCGGUAUUUCCGCAGGCAGAUUUACACCAGAAAUGACUGGAUUUGUGGGUGCAACAGGAAGAAUGCCCUUUUCUGCUUUCCUUGCAUACUUUUCGGCAGUAGGUGUUACAGAUUUAGUGCUUCUGAGUAAAAAAAAAUAAGAAGCAUGAAAACUCUAAAACAUAUUUUCAUAAUUCGAUGGAAUUGGCUUUAUUGGGGACUGUUAACAUCAGAUCUCACUUAGAUUCAGCAUAUUGGAGAAAUGUACAACAGCAUAAUGAUACCGUUACAAAAAACAGCAGAAUCACUCAAGAGGAUGAAACUGGAUAAAUCGGGAGGUUAUCACACAGGUGUAUCGCAGCAUCUCAAAGCUUCAUUUGAAAUAGCUUUUAUGAUAGCAAAGCAAAAGAAACCUCAUACUAUCGGUGAAGAAUUAAUAAAACCAUAUGUGUCCUAA